GGAGUUGGGUCGGGUUGUGAAUGGGAGCGGGUAAUUCUGGAACCGCGGAAAUCACCAGAAGAAUAAAGAACGAAGACGACGAAACGUUGAGCCGUAAACAAACAAAUACAGCUUACAAAAACUCCGAUUCGAUGGUUCAGGGUGCGUUAGGUGUCUGUCGCGGCAGUACCAUAUGCUACUGGUCUCUCGGCGGCGGCUGCGCCGGAGCUCGGAGACUUCAGCUCCAAGUGUCACCUCUGAACUGCAUUCCAUAUGCUGCUGGCAGCUUUGCAGCAGCAGCUGCUCCCUCUGAUCGCUUCUCUCUGCUAUCUCUCUCUGUGGGUUCGGUUUACUUGGGGAACAGGUGGAAUCAGAGGCAUUUGUGCUCUGCUGUUGCCUCUUCCGACUCUAAGGCCUCGAUUCUCUCUAAUUUGGAAGCCAAUCAACCAGAUUUGGACUUAGAUACAACUGGUGGUGCUGGAGACGGGUUUGGCGACAGGAAUGACGGUGGUGGUGGUGGAGGAGGAGAUGGUGGCGACGGUAAUGGAGGCAGCGCUGAUGAUGACAAAGGUGAGGAGGGUUCAAGCGGAGACGAAAAGAAGGCGGGGUUAUCAAUGUCUCAGAAAGUUACUCUAGGAUAUGCGGCGCUAGUUGGAGCUGGUGGUUUAAUUGGCUUUUUGAAGAGCGGCAGCCUGAAAUCACUGUUGGCAGGCGGAUUAUCUGCUAUGCUGCUGUAUUAUGUUUUUACAGAGCUGCCUGUAAGACCAGUUUUUGCAUCAUCUCUUGGGCUUGGCAUCUCAGCUGCGCUUCUGGUGGUGAUGGGUUCUCGUUUCAAGAGAUCGGGGAAGAUUUUUCCUGCAGGUGUUGUAUCACUUGUGUCUUUUGUAAUGACCGGGGGUUACCUUCAUGGAAUUCUACGCAGUGUGCAUUAGAAUGUAAAUAAUGGAGAUGAGGCUGUAGGUAAACUUCGUUGAAAACUCAUCCCCUCUGGUAAUAAAAUGUGUUUUGAAAUAUAGUCUUUGUUGUGAAACAAGGAUGUCAUUUUGAACUUAUUUUGGACCUCUGUUUCCUACUUCUUAUCCCUCCGCUAUUGGAAGAAAGUAACAUAUGCUUAGUUUGGGGGUUGUAUUUGAACACGGUGUCCAUAUGUGCAUAUAACAAUUACAGUUUUCUGCA